AUGACUGAGGGUUCCAAGUACCAGUCAACCAUCUCUGAGUGGGUUGCAGUCCUUGGUGCUCAUGAGGAAGAUGAGAAUGACAUUGAUGUGUACGGGAAGCCCAGGAUGGACCACAACUCAAUGGCAAAUAUGUACAAGGAAAUCCCUCCCAAAGAUCUUGAGAGUUAUAAGGUUGGUUAUGUAAAGCACUUGCUAACUGGUUCGGCCACCACAAACACUAUCUUGAGGCAUACUCUCUUGCCCAAUUCUGGAGAUGACAAGAUGAUACGUGGCCACUCCAUCAAUUUGCUCCAUUUGUUUGACAACCCCCAGAAGUUCAAAUUCAUGAGUUUGAUUGUUGAGACGGUCAAGAGGACAACUGCUGACCAGAAGAGAUCUUGUGGAUAUGCUCCACACAUUCAGAUGCUCAUCAACUGCAAAGUUGGAACGAGCACUUAUCUACUAGACCGUGAGCAUCUCCCUCUUCAGCCAGAGUUCGAGGAUAAUGUGGUGGUGAUGGAUCCUUCACACCCUACAUUUGUUGAGGCUCAAGAGAAGAUCCAGGCAGCAGCAGCUAAUGCUGCUCAGAAAGCCACGACACCCAAUGCUCCAAUAGCCAACCUCAAGUCAAAGAAUAAUCAGAUGAGAUAUCUGCUAAAGGCCACCCUGAGGAUUGAGAGGAGUCUGGCCAACAUCUCGAAGAACCAAGAGAUUCUAGAGCGGAUUGUCGAGACAAAGAUUCAUAAUCUUGAUGUAAAGAUCACAGAGGUUCAGUCAGUGGUGGAGAAGCUGAAGGAUGAUGUUGAGGCAAGCAGGAUUGCUGCAGAGGACAGUGGAGAUGAAGGACCAACUACUCAGAGAUUGCGGACGGUACCCAGGGCACCCAGGUCUUCAGCCGUGCCAGUUGCAGAUACUAGGACCACUCUUUCUGCACCUACCGCCACUGCCACAGUACCACCUCCAGUUUCUAUUCCACCAGUCCAACAGACAUUGUCAGAAGCAUUUGCGGAUGCAGUUCUCUCAACGCCAUCUACGCACACCGGAGCCACCAGCCAGAAGUCACCUUCAGGAGCUCUCGAGGAUCGUGCCUAG